GGAAAACAUGAAGAGUUUUACACCUUCGCAGCUACCAGCCCUCAGUCAGUCAAAGGUCAACGUCGUAAAAAGUUAAUAAAGGCGGAGAGCGUGCCGUAUUUACGACAGCGGUUGACGUUACCGGGGGCAGUGAGGUCGCGCGGUACAUUUCCUUUACGGCAGUGCCUGGGUCGAGAGUGGAUACGGCCUCGAGUGACGGGCUGCGGGUUGGUGCUGCUUGUGCCGGGAGUUUCUCUCGGUUUUCAGUUUCUUUCUCACCUCCCCGACCCUUAUUUCUUUAUUUCCUGUAAUAGUGCCGGUGUUGGGCUUCACCUGACAAACCCGGCUUGGCCUGCUCUGGUCCACCACCUCGGGAUGUUCGAGUACAACAAGUAGCAAGUUUCUUCCCCCAGCCCCCCAUCCUCCCCGCCCCACCAACCCCUCACCCGCGGUUGCAUCCGCGUUUCCCCCCUUCUGGCUGAUUCGCCCACAUGCUGUCGCGGCAUUUCUUCACUCUUUAGGAUGUCGGACCUGCCAGCUGGGCCCAGCGUGCUUUCCCCACCCCUCGCUGAAAUUUCGGCCUUUCCCGCUGCUCUCAAUCACUCCGCAGGCUAUGGCCAGCUGUCCGAGCCACAGCAGAGAGAGAACAGCGAGAAGCAAGAGGCCACCUUGCACGGUUCGGGGCAGGAAUGUGUCGACGAAGUUGGGCCGAAACCGGCAAAUAGUGUUCUAGCCUUUUCGGAGACUACCCGAGCGAAGAAGGGUGUCCUGCACCUUCAUCAUCAUCAUCAGCAACAGCGAGUACUGAACGGCUGCGUUAUUCUCAACCCGGAGCUCCAGUACAAAGCGGAUCGCACAGCCCGGGUCUCCAGUGCAGAGGCCGGCGCCGAGUUUAACGCGGGACUGUCACUGUCCCAAAGUGGCAGAAGGAAACCUGACGCCAGCAAUUGUGGGAAUCCCGAAGUGAACCAUGCGAAUCAGAGGACUGCCGAGGCGGCUGAGGCCGACUCUAAAAUGCCCAGGGAUGGACUUGAUCGGAUUGGUGUCCGGCCGGAUGACGGGGAUCAGUCGUGCCUGAUCGCCUCGGUAGCCGCUUGGAGCUUGCAUGCCCAGCAGGAGCCCGACACAAACGAAAGGAUACGUUACGUUGGCUAUGAGUCAGAGUUGCAAAUGCCGGAUAUAAUGAGGUUGAUCACGAAGGAUUUGUCUGAACCCUAUUCCAUUUAUACCUAUAGAUAUUUUAUUCACAACUGGCCACAGCUUUGUUUUCUGGCUAUGGUUGGGAAUGAGUGUGUGGGUGCCAUUGUCUGCAAGCUGGACAUGCAUAAGAAGAUGUUCCGGAGGGGAUACAUAGCUAUGUUAGCAGUGGAUUCCAAGUAUAGAAGGAAAUGCAUUGGCACAAAUCUAGUGAAGAAAGCAAUUUAUGCCAUGGUAGAAGGUGACUGUGAUGAGGUUGUUCUGGAAACUGAGAUUACAAAUAAAUCUGCUCUGAAACUCUAUGAAAAUCUUGGAUUUGUGAGAGACAAAAGGCUGUUCAGAUACUACUUAAAUGGAGUUGAUGCAUUGCGUCUUAAACUGUGGCUACGUUAAAGAAAUAAAAAGAACAAGUUCAAAUGAGUCCUUUUGGCAUGCACUGCAAUUUUUUAUGAAUUGCUUUGCAAUAGGGCUCUUGAUUUCAAUGCAGCUCUUAUCUGUCUGUCUCCAUUGAGUGUCACAUACAUUUGUUGCACUAUGGCAUGGCGCAAUUGUGCUAAAUUUAAAAAACGGGAUUUUUUUUCUCAAAAUUGUCAAAAUAUUCAUGGAUGAACUGUGAUACCAGAAAGAUGAAACAUUUUUGAGAUGCAUCACUUUAGUGAAUGUGAGAAACGAUAUAAUGUUGCCUGUCAUUUGCAGCAGACAGCAUCUCAAAUGACUUAUUGGUGGAAAAUGUUUUGUGGCUUCCAGAGAGCUUGUAUGUUGAUAUUUCUCCAUGGAUUUACACCAACGUUUCAUUCAGAAAUUUGCCAGAUUAAAUAUUGAACUCCUCAAAGGGUGUUAAUUCUGUUUUUCAGAUUUUAUUUUUCAUAUUUAAAUUUUCCAUGUAAUAAUUCUUGGUACCUCAGUGAUUACUGAAUGAAGAAAGCACAUAUUAGGAGUCGUGUGUAUGUGUGUGAGCAUAACAACAAAAUAACAUUACGUCUGCCAGUGCCUGUAUAGAUGUGCAUUUAAGUCUCAUUUCAAGUUUGAGUGCAUGCUUUUUUGUUUCCAGACAAUCUUGCAGCAGAGUUUGUGAUUUUAUUUGAACAAUGAUUUUGGUGGUGAGUGACUCUGCUUUUUCCAUGAUUAGGAUUUCCCCCUCCCCCAGCAAAAAAAAUGCUGUUAUUGCUUUGGGAACUAUCUGGUAAUUUAAGUGAAAGAUUUUUUUAUUUUUUGAAAAAUUGUCGAGUAGUUGAUAUACCGUCCCCUUGCACGCCAUAAUAUUUUGCUGAUUCUCUAUAAUGCACUUUUCUUGGUUUAAAUAGAAUUUUUAAUAGCAGAUUGUAUGUUUGAACAAUUUUAACCAAGAAUUGAUUCGGAAUCUUGAAAGCCAUGAAAGAGUGGAUUUUUUUUAAGUUAUUGGGACACAUUUUAUUGUCCGUAUUAGUAUGCAAGCAGGUCAUCUGCAGGAUCCCCACCUACUACCUACAUAACUUGGCCAUUUCUAAAGACAUAAUUUGAAGUGCAUUUUACCAAAUUUAUUUCAAAGUCUGCAAUCCUCCUGCAGCAGAGCUUUUCUUUUCGAGCUAAUUAUUUUCACUCUUGAAUAUAUGAGCUACUUGGAACUUUACUGUUUUGCAUUUCAAAAUAAGUAACACAAUCUGCCUUAUUUUUUUUGGGAAGGGUAGAUGGCCACUGAACAAUGGAUUUGACGCAUUCAUAAGUUUACAGUUACUGAACAUCAGAUGAGUUUCGAGCAGAGCAUACUUUGUAGAAUGGAUCCUUGGACUUAUGGACUUGCAUAAACCAACUUGAUUUCAUUGCCACAGUUUUACUGGAGUUGAGGAUAGUAUAUGAGAUUGGACAACCGUUCAAUGUCACUGAUUUAAUUCUGUGUUGAAUUAUUGAACUUCUGUUUCGUCAGUAAAUGUUACUGAAUUCACUAGUAUCUCUGCUACUCUCCAAAGAGCAGGAAUAAAUCUACGGAAAGGGGCUAAACGGAAAUUGCAAUGUUUGUAAGAUACUCUGUAAGAUACAGUAAAUAAAGUGAAAAGUGGUUUUAAGGUCUGAAAUUUUGUGAUUUAAAAAUGUAUAGGAUAUUUAAUCAAUAAUUCAAUGUUGCCACAGUAAUUCCACAAAAAUAAUUUCUGGAGAUGUUCUUUAUUUGAUAGACAUUUUCAGAGGUGAUCUUAAAAUGUCAAGGUCCUAGAUAAAGAGAUGAGCUUCACUUCAAUAAAAUUUCCUCUUGGGAAUGUGGCAUUUUACAGAUAUACUCAGCAAAUACAUUUAUAAAACUUUUGGCUGAUAGCUUUUUAUACAGAUGAAAUUGUGUUGAUUACAAUGCUUCUCAGUAUUUAAGAAUCUGUUUAUGGAUUGUUGAAUGAUAUAAAAUUGCUCUUUUGAUGAUUGCUUCCACCGUAUGGAACUAAUUCAAUUGACCAUAUCUGAAAAUCCUGUGACAGCGUUACAUACUCAAAUCUAACAUUUUCAUUUUAUCAACGAGUUUUCAGUACUUGGAGGAAUGAAACUUGUGUACUGAGAUGUUCAAAGUCAAACUAAAAUGUUGAAUUAGAUGGCUCUGAUUCAAUUUGUAUAAAAGGAGCUUUUUUUAAAAUCUUAUUGUGCCAGAAUGUAAUUUGUACUAAUUAGGGAUGU